UUCUUCUCCCAUUGGCUGAGAGAAGCCCGUUUUCGCGCCAUUCGUAAGUCUCGGCAUUGUGGGAUAGCAUCAGGAGGUCAGCGGUGCACCGGGUCAUUCCGUGUUUCCCGUAAACACUUUUCUGUUGACGUUAACGGAUUUUAACUGAUUCCAGCAAUGCGCGGAGAUGAAACGGAUUCGGAGUCCGUUAAAUCAGACGAUGGCUCGGUUAGGAGGAGUCUCGAGGCGCUUUGUCAGGAGCUCAAUAUGGACGAAGAGACGGCGGCAGAAGCGCUUCAGAACUUCAGCUCCAUCUGGAACACUUACACGCUCGAGGGUGAUGUCGUUCACUGGCUGGCCUGCUCUCUGUAUGCUGCCUGUAGGAAGAGCUCCAUCCCCACAGUGGGACGGGGUGUGAUGGAAGGCAACGGCGUUUCCCUUACAAGGAUCCUGCGUUCGGCGAAGCUCAGUUUGAUCCAGUUCUUCAGCAAGAUGAAGAAAUGGUCAGACAUGUCGAACCUCUCCCAGGAUUUCCGCAGCCGUGUCGGUCGACUGGAACGUAAUUUCGAAGUGUCGACAGUGAUAUUUCUUAAAUUUGAGCCAAUAUUUCUGGACAUGUUUCAGAAUCCUCAGGGUGAUCCUCCCCGUCUGCCAAGAAGCCGCAAACACCGGCGUCUUCCAUGCCACAUCAGUGACGUCUUCAAGUUCUGUUGGACGCUAUUUGUAUAUACAAAAGGUAAUUUCCAUAUGAUUGGUGAUGACCUGGUCAACUCGUAUCACCUCCUGCUCUGUUGUCUGGACCUGGUGUUUUGCAACGCUCUCAUGUGCUCCAACAGGAAAGAUCUCAUCAAUCAAUACUUCAGAGGACUGCCAAAGGACACAGAAAACUUGGAGGAAAUGCCUUGUGUCAUUGACCGGUUGUGUGAGCUGCAUGAUGGGUUGGUGGUGGAGGCCAAAGGCAUAAAGGAGCACUACUUCAAACCCUACAUAAAGACACUGUUUGAGAAAAGAAUAUUAAAAGGUGAUGCUGAGACUCUGACUGAAUUACUGGAUACCCCACAUUUCCAAGACAACAAUAAAGCCAUAAACCGUGAGUAUGAGGAAUAUGUUUUGACUGUGGGGGAUUUUGAUGAGCGAGUGUUUUUGGGGGCCGCUGCAGAUGAGGAGAUCGGCACACCUCGCAAGGCCACUGCUGAGCCUCCAUCAGGUCAACUAUCGGCCCGCAUGCAGGUGGAGAACAACCUUCAGCAGCACUUUGAGAAGACGCGUUCCCUUGCUCCUUCUACUCCUCUAACGGGUCGGCGAUAUCUGAAGGAGAAAGAGGUGCUGGUCACCCCCGUUUCCUCAGCUACCCAAAGUGUGAGUCGACUGCAGAGCAUGGUAACCGGCCUCCGAAACUCUCCAAGCGAUGCUCUGGUCCAAAUCUUUAAUUCCUGCUCUCGAAAUCCCACUGAAUCCAUUCUGAACCGAGUGAAGACCAUGGGAGAGAGGUUUAAACAGGCCUACACCAAACCCACAGAUGACCUGCCAGGAGCACAUAUGGAUUUUGCAGAGAAUCGUCUGAAGCUGGCAGAGAUCUUGUACUUUAAGAUCCUGGAGAAUAUCAUGACUCAAGAGAUGAAGAGAUUACAAGGGAUAGACAUGGCCGUCCUGUUGGAGCAGGAGGUGCUUCACUGCUCUCUGUUGGCGUGCUGUCUGGAGGUGGUGCUUUUUGCAUACAGCUCUCAAAGAACCUUCCCCUGGAUACUAGAAAUCUUCCAGAUACAGCCAUUCUACUUUUACAAGGUGAUUGAGGUGUUCAUCCGCUCUGAGGAGGGUUUGUCCCGAGAUAUGGUGAAGCAUUUGAAUAGUUUAGAGGAGCAGGUGCUGGAAAGCAAAGCCUGGACCAAAGACUCGGCCCUGUGGACUGCACUCAGUAACAUGAAUAACAAAGUCCCCACUGUAGAAGAGGUGAAUUUUCCCAGCAAUUUUGACACGGGUAACAAUGCAGGUGGUCCCAGUCACCUUCCUUUGCUGGCGCUAUCCCCCAUCAUCCACCCUCGCAUCAGGGAGGUCCGCACAGGCCUGGGCUCCAGUGCACGCAAAGACGUCCCUCAGUCUCCUAUUUCUCUCCACGACCGCUACAGCUCACCUGCAGCUGGCAGUGCCAAGAGACGCUUGUUUGGUGACGAUCCUCCAGCACAGUCCCCAGUGAAAAGAAUCUCAGUUACUCCCAUAAAAAUAAUUUCCAGCGCUGCAGAAAACAACCAGACCACUGGCACAACGACUGUCCUGUCCAUGGCAACUGGAAACGGCCAACAGCUCACCAUUCCACUGCAGAUGGUAAAGAACGAGAUGGGCGGCAUCACAGUCAUUCAACUUCAGGCCAAUGAGAUGAACCCCCUCACCGCUCAAGUCUUAAUGACAGCCUCCCCCAGCCGAAGUGCAGCUCCACCCGCCAGCUCCGACACACAGCCCCCGGCUGUCAACAAACCCCGCCGCACAGGAUCCCUCGCCCUCUUCUUCAGGAAGGUGUAUCAUUUAGCCAGCGUGCGUCUGCGGGACCUGUGUCUAAAGCUGGACAUCUCAUCGGAGCUGCGAGGGAAGAUCUGGACAUGUUUUGAACACUCUCUGCUGCACUGCACUGACCUGAUGAAGGACAGACACCUGGACCAGCUUCUGCUCUGUGCCGUCUACAUUAUAUCAAAGAUCACAAAAGAAGAGCACACUUUUCAGGACAUCAUGAAAUGCUACCGAACCCAACCUCAGGCCAACAGUCAUGUGUACCGUAGUGUUUUACUGAAGAGGCGUGCCAGAGAGCAGCAGACAGAUGAGAACAUGGAAGUGGAUCCACCAGUAGACCAGUCCAAUGAGAGGACGGAACAGGCUGAAAGUGAAUCAGAGGAAAGAGGAGACCUCAUCCAGUUCUACAACUCCAUUUACGUGCUAAAGAUGAAAUUGUUCGCUCUCAAAUAUGCACAUUCCAUUCUUGACAACAAGAUGGAGGUUCCUCCGUUAUCUCCAUUUCCGUCGGUUCGCGCUCAGCCUCUCUCUCCUCGCCGUGUAUCUCAGAGACACUCGAUCUUUGUUUCUCCUCAUAAAAACGGCUCGAGUCUCACACCCAGUACUGCCUACACGUACAAAUUCACUGGCAGCCCAUCAAAGGAGCUGAGUGAUAUAAACCAGAUGAUCCGUCAGGGUGGGGUGAGCAAGAAGCGGGCGUUCAACAUGGAAGGUGAUGAGACUGAGUCUCCAUCUAAAUGCCUGCGGCAGGAGAACGAUGACGUGCUGCUCAAACGCCUACAGGAUGUGGUUAGCGAGAGAGCGAGUCUCUGA